GUUUGUGAACUGCAAAAUUCACAAAGAAGAGGGAAGCGUCUGCUGCGCCCCUGGGUCGUUUUAAAUUUGCCUUUAAAACAUCACCGAAACCUUAAACAUCGUAAACUUAAACAACCGCUAGCUAUGGCAGAGGGAGACAACAAAAGCGCCAACGUACUCGCCCAGGAGACGGCCCAGCUGGAGGAGCAGCUGCAGGGCUGGGGAGAGGUUAUCCUGGCCGGGGACCAGGUCCUGCGCUGGAAGAAACCAUGGUUCCCUGGAGCCCUGAUGGCAGCCACCACACUGGUCUUCAUGAUGAUCUACUACCUGGACCCCUCGGUGCUGACCGGCCUGUCUUGCACUGUCAUGCUGCUGUGUCUGUUUGACUACCUGGUGCCUACCCUCGCACCCCGCAUCUUCGGAUCCAACAAGUGGUCUUCAGAGCAGCAGCAGCGUUUCCAUGAGAUCUGUGGUAACCUCGUGAAGACUCAGCGUCGCAUCCUGGGCUGGUGGAAAAGACUCUUCUCGCUCAAGGAGGAGAAACCCAAGAUGUACUUUGCGUCGGUGAUAAGCAGUCUGGUGGCGGUGGCCUGGAUGGGACAGCAAGUCCACAACCUUUUCCUCACCUACCUGAUCGUGAGUUUCCUGCUCCUGCUUCCUGGUCUGAACCAGCAUGGCGUCAUAAGUAAGUACGCUGGCAUGGCCAAGAGAGAGAUCAACAAACUGCUGAAACAGAAGGAAAAGAAGAACGAGUAGGAAGAAAGAGGAGGAGAAGAAGGGAUCUGUGAGAUGAGACGAACGAGAGAGAAGAAGAAAAUGAGAGGAAGGAAAAACCCGUAGAUCAAACAAAA